CAGAAGAAAGAAAAAGUGUUCCCGCGCGAGCGAGUAGAUUGAAUUGGGAAUUGGGAAUUGUUUGUGAUGGAAUUGGAACCAUGGGAAGCCCUCGACGUUGACGACUCUGAUAUCUCCACCUUCCUCCGCCCUUGCAAACGCCGCAAUAACUCUUCGUCUUCCCUCAUUCCGGGUCCCGCCGGUGCUGUUCAGGCCGCCAUGAUGAACCGCACCCGCGACGACCCCCUCCCCACUCAACAAUUCCUGAACCGAGUUCUCCAAAACGGCCAUAAAAACGACGGCGACUUCAACACCAAUCCAUGGCUUUGUGCCUUGCAAUUUCUUCGCUCACAAGGCACGGUGGAUGGUGAUGAUGACGUGGCUCAAUCUACCCCUUUGAACUCUAUCAAGAAGCAUUGGGAUGCUGAAAGAGUGGCUCAGGUGGUGGCUGUCAUCGAAUCAUGCACCCCCAAUGGUUUUGGAGACAUGAUGGUUACCCUCAAGGAUCCUACGAGCACGGUUAGUGCCACUGUCCAUCGCAAAGUCUUCACGGAGGGAGAAUUUGCGAAGGAUAUAACUGCUGGUUCAGUUGUGGUUCUCCGGAAGGUUGCUGUGUUCUCUCCCACUCGCUCUACCUGUUAUCUGAAUAUAACAUCGCGCAACAUUUUAAAGGUCUUUUCCAAGGACAGUGGACCUCCAUCACAGCAACAAAUUUAUCCUUCACGCUCAAUGAUACACACUACACCUAGCAUAGAAAGACAUGAAGGGUCAUGGAUACCAGGCUCUCUACCGCAGGAAAGAACAGAAGGAAUCAUGUCUAAUCUCAGAUUAGAUUCGAGGUUUAGACAAGUAGCAGAUAAUGGCAAACAGAGGAGUGAAAUUUUGGCCUUAACGAACUGUCACUUUGAUAAUGGAAACGAUCGAAACCCAAAAAAUGUGUUGGAUAGAGAGAACUUAUUACUGAGCCAAGAUAAUGCUAGACCUGUGGAAGUAAACUGUGGUGUUAGUGAGCUUGAAAGUGGGAUGGAAGAUCAACCCAACCCUCCUGAACUGGAUGGAGACAGUUUAGCAUGGAUUGCUCAAGGCAAUAGUUCAACAAACUCCGUUCAUACAUCUCAUGGUCAAGAAACUGGGAUGAAAACUCACUUAGAAGGUCAGAAGCAAUUAGUAAAUCCAAAAAGUUCAAUUCCGCAUUGGACAGAGGAGCAGUUGGAUGAGCUUUUAGCGUUUGAUUGAACAUGGCAAUUUCGUUUUGUCAACGCGAAGAAUGACAAUAGUUUUCAUGCAUCUUAGUGGUGAUAUUUUAAGCAUUUUAAAGGUGCAUGCCUUUU